ACAGACGGAUUACAACAAAAAGCGACAGCUCCGUGGUCCUGAAAUCACUCGCCACACACCACCGCUGCUCCUAAACCAAAUGCAACACAACACACACGGCGAAAUGCAGGCCAUUAAGAAGGCAAUCUCUUGGAAACUUUUUAUACUUUGUUACUUAUUCGUGGAGGGUUCGUGCCAAGACUUUGGUGAUGGACAGACUCAAUUUAUUUGCACGUCGGUGCCCAAGGAUAUGGACAUAUGCGCCGCUACCUUGCAAAACAGUAUGCCUGGAGAGGAUCUGAAGACUACUGUAAUGCAGCUCCGGGAGACCGUCCUACAGCAGAAGGAGACCAUUAUGAACCAAAAAGAGACUAUCAGAGAACUGACUUCCAAGUUAACUCGCUGUGAGGGCCAGAGUGCGCCCGAGCCCGGACCUGGGGGAAGGAGAAAAGAGACGGGGACCAAAAAUACUAUGGGGGAUGUAUCAAGGGGUCCCUCGGACACUUUGGCGCAACUAUCGCAGACAUUACAGUCUCUAAAGCAGAGAUUAGAAAAUCUCGAGCAAUUCAGUCGGAACAACAACUCGGUCCAGACGAACAGUCUGAAAGACCUGCUACAGAGUAAAAUCGACGAUUUGGAGAAGCAGGUGUUAUCCCGUGUGAACAGUAUAGAAGAUGGAAAGCCUGGGCUGCGGAACGAGACGGAGCAGCGCGGUAGAGUGGAGUCGACUCUCACAUCCCUGCACCAGAGAAUCACCGACCUCGAGAAAGGUCAGAAAGAAAACAGGCCGCUGGAUAAAUUCCAGUUGACAUUCCCGUUGAGGACCAACUACAUGUAUGCCAAAGUGAAGAAGAGUCUCCCUGAGAUGUACGCAUUCACUGUCUGCAUGUGGCUCAAAUCCAAUGCAUCACCUGGGGUGGGCACGCCGUUCUCCUACGCAGUGCCAGGGCAGGCCAACGAGCUGGUGCUGAUUGAGUGGGGGAAUAAUCCUAUGGAGAUACUCAUCAAUGACAAGGUAGCUAAAUUACCAUUCAUUAUCAAUGACGGGAAGUGGCAUCACAUCUGUGUCACAUGGACAACUCGAGAUGGAGUAUGGGAGGCUUUCCAAGAUGGAGUCAUGAGGGGCAGUGGAGAAAACCUUGCUCCAUACCAUCCAAUCAAACCACAAGGUGUUCUGAUAUUGGGACAAGAACAGGAUACGCUUGGAGGGGGCUUUGAUGCUACACAAGCUUUUGUUGGAGACCUGGCGAAUUUUCAUAUCUGGGACCGGAAGUUGUCUAUUGGAGAGAUAUACAACCUGGCAACUUGCAGCAGCAAAGCGCAGAUAGGCAACGUGUUUUCGUGGUUGGAGAGCAGCAUUGAUAUUUACGGAGGAGCCUCCAAGUGGACAUUUGAGGCUUGUCGUCAACUGAACUGAACUGCAGGGAAAAGUGAAAAGCCAAUGAGAAAUGUGUGUGUUAAAGCCUCUGUUCAUAAUGCGUCUGAUUUGAUAGAUAAAGAAGAACUUAUUUCGGUAAAUGACAUCUGGAUUUGUUAUAGAUAUGGAAUACUUUAUGUGUGGACACUUACUAGAUUUCUACCUGUCUAAAAUAAGAAUCUGACCUUGUUCAUCUUGGAUAUUUCAGUUAGAUAGUUUUGGCAUCUGGUUGGAUGCUUCAAAGCACUUCGUCCAACAGGCCGGUUUGUUAUCUCAUGGUCUUCAGAGCAAUUGACACAUACAGGCCAGCAUAUCACCACAACGCAGUGCAGACGCAGACAGCACUCCCCGACAGAGGACCACUUAGAACGUCCACCAUCAGUAGAAUUGGUGACCAUGUAGUUGUCCCCGACGAGGAAAUCGGGGAGGGGACUGGGGAUCUGUCUCCGUCCGUUAGUACAUUAGUGCGUUCGUACAUUAGUCACACGUGACAUCUCAGACAGCACUAGGUCGGUUGUGACAAAACUUGAAUGAUGCGUCUUGCAUUAGAUAUCCGGCAUUUACAAAAUUACACUGAUUGGCCAGAUGAUGGCGCUAUAACAAGAAUUGUAUAAUAUUUCAAAUGCAAACUUUGAAAGGUCACGUCCAUUACCCCGUUUGACCUAAUGUCAUGAAAUUCGGUACAUAGGUCCCUCUCCUCAAAAGAAACAUAUUUGCCUCAGGGACCAAUAAGCUUCACCAUUAUGGAUUUUCCGUUAUUUAGAAUUUUAUGAAAAACACUUAAAACGCUACUCUUCUGGCACCAAAUGACCGAUCUGCAUGAAACUUGAUAUGUGGCAUCUAUGGCAAUAUUUUCCAGACUAGUACCUAAAACAACAUGGCCACUAUUGACCAAUAAAUAUUCACUUGGGCAUGGUCUGGCAAAAAUUAGUCAAGGAUAUUCGUAUUGUAACAAAUGCUGUCAAGACUCAACAUAUGACUCAGAGUGAUGAGUCUAGCUAACCCACAAGAUAUCUCAGACACCACUGGCCCGAUUUUGACGAAACUUGGGUGAAUGAUGUGUCUUGUCAUAGAAAUUGGUCAUUUACAAAAUCAUACUGAUUGGCCAAUGGGGUGGCUGCAUCAUUCGUGGGGGACGACAUGCUUACUGUUGCUUUGUUUUUAUUGGACUGGGGACACGCAUUUCAACCAAUCAUGCGAUUUUAUUUAUAUUGCCAUUGCCUGGGAUUUUCACUGUGAUCAACGGGUGGACUUGAAAAGGAAUGUAUACUUAAAUGGUUAUGAAACAGGCACAGCUUUCUGCUCUAUCGCUAUCGUUUCUCUAUCACCACCUGCUUGACGCAAUUUUGUGUAAAGAAUGACAUAUUAUUUGCCAACAUACAAGCCUGGGUGCCUUGGGAUGUUGAAAUAACUCAGCACAUUCAUUAUGAUUUGCAAAGUAUUUUCUGUCGUAUUUAUUUUCCUGUAGGCCUACAACGAGAUUUAUUUCCAAAAGAGAUGUUUAUUAUCAUAACACCUUAAGUUGGAUAAUAAGAUGAUUAUUGUACUUAAAAGCAAUUCAUUGAGGUGUUUGUACUUUAAUGGGAAUGUUUUCUGUACAGUAACUGCAUGACUUAACUAAUUGCUGCAGCAGCAUCAACAAAAUCUGCUUUUACUAUCCUCCUUUUGGGUUGAGAUUUUAUACUGUAUUGUUAUAUGCUCAAAGCAUGGCAACACUGAAAUAUGAAAAAGUUCUAAUUUUUUAAAUAAAAUUGUGAUACCUGAAUCUA